AAAGAGUCACCGACGGAACAAUUUAAUGGCCAUAAUAUGAUUGUGUCAAUUAAAAGACCUAAUUCUACGAUUGGUAUUCCUAACAGUGCUAUAGAACCGACAUUUUUCUCAAGCAAUGAAUUUAGACCGACCCGUGAAAAGGCCACUUCAUUGACACUAACACUCGAUCCUAACAUAUGUCCCACCAGUCUAUCAAAUACUCCCAGCGGAUCACCCCGUACAUCUCCGCGAACAUCUAUUAUAUUAAACGGAAAUAUAUUAAGCUCUUUAUCACCGAUACCACCGAAUCGACCGCCGGCACCAUUUCCAUCGUCAAAGACACAUAUAUAUGAUAAUCAUUUAAGUGGAAAUAAAGUGAGACAAACCAUUUCGACACAAACAAUGUCACAAUAUCAACGGUCGUCCUAUACAGAGGACGAACACUUGAGAGUUCAGGAACAGUAUAUGAGAGGAAGGAAAGACACAAUUAUUAGUAUUGGCAAAAGUUUUCACAUCCAAAUUCAAAGCCCUUCCACUAAAUUCAUACUAUGGAAGGGCCGGACAUGUCUUGAGAAAUGUCUAUUUUUGACCAUUGGAUGCCUUUUAUUAAUUUUCACUAUUUUUCUAAUCUCACCUUUCAAUAAUACCGAUCAAAUAAAAACUGAUUUAUCAAACACUAUAUGCUUUACACCAGAAUGUGUGAAAACAGCGGCAUCUCUGGUAAAUGCGAUGGACCUGACAGCUGAUCCUUGCGAAGACUUUUUUCAGUUUGCUUGUGGCUCAUGGAAUAAGAAACAUAUUAUACCUGAAGACAGGUCUAGUAUUAGUACUUUUGAGGUUUUGGCAGAUAAUCUACAAAUAAUUCUUAAAGAUUUACUGGAACAACAAGUGAACAGUUAUGAUAACAGUGCGACAAUCAAAGCAAAAAUUUUUUAUAAAUCUUGUAUGAAUACACGCAAAAUUGAGGAAAUCAGUGACACACCAUUACGUGAAAUUAUAAAGGAGUUGGGAGGUUGGCCAGUACUCAAUAGGAAUUGGGAACUGCCUAAAACAAAACUAGAAUAUUUAUUGGGAAAACUAAGGGGAGAAUACAAUCAGGGGCUCAUUGUUGAACAAUGGGUUGGAGCCGAUGACAGGAAUUCAUCAGUUAAUAUAAUUCAAUUGGAUCAAACAUCAUUAGGUUUGCCGAGUAGAGACUAUUUUUUGAAAGAAACCAGUCAAAGGGAAAGGGAUGCCUACUUAAGACUUAUGGUUGAAGUGGCCGUAUUGUUAGGCGCUAACAGAUCCUAUGCUUACGAAGAAAUGUCAAAAGUUUUACAAUUUGAAACACAAUUAGCAAAUGUUUCGAUGCCAGAAGCCGACAGACACGACACCGGAGCUAUCUAUAAGAAAUUUACAUUAAGAUCAUUGAAAUCAUUGAUACCAGAGUUUGAUUGGAGUUUAUAUUUAAACACUCUUUUACCUAACAAUACACACGUCUAUCCCGAUGAAGAACUAGUUGUCUAUUCAAUUGACUAUUUUAAAGAAAUGGGAAAAAUCAUGGCUCAGAGCGAUGCAAAAGUUAUAAACAAUUAUGUCAUUUGGAGAUUAAUUAAAUACAUUCUUCCAUAUCUUGAUGGAGAAUACGCUAUCUAUAGGACAGAGUUCAAGAAGAUAUUACUUGGAAUAUCUGCCGAUCGGAUCCGUUGGAAUCAAUGCGUAGAAUUGGUUAACAAGAAGAUGGGAAUGGCUGUCGGAGCACUCUUUAUUCGUGACAACUUUGAUCCCAAAAGUAAAGAGACUGCACUUGAAAUGAUUCAUAAUAUUAGAAAUGCAUUCAAUGAGCUCUUGACUCUAAAUGAUUGGAUGGAUGAGUCAACUAUAGAAGUGGCCCGAGAAAAGGCUAAUGCCAUCAAUGAGAGGAUAGGUUAUCCUGAAUUGCUUACCAAUCCUAUAGAGCUCUCUAAAGAAUAUCAAUUAUUAACUGUAUUUGAGGAUCAGUUUUUGAUGAGUAUUUUGGGAAUACUUAAGUACGAAGCGGCAAAAAAUUUACUAAAACUGAGACAAUCGGUGAAUAAGGACCGAUGGACUACAGAACCGGCGGUUGUCAACGCUUUCUAUAAUCCCAACAAAAAUGAUAUCGUAUUUCCGGCCGGAAUAUUACAACCACUCUUUUAUUCACAAUAUUUCCCAAAAUCACUAAAUUAUGGAGGAAUAGGAGUUGUAAUUGGACAUGAAAUAACACACGGAUUUGAUGAUAAGGGUCGCCAGUUUGACAAAGAGGGCAAUUUGAAGCAGUGGUGGAAUAAUGCAACCAUUAAGAGGUUCAGACAAAGGGCUCAAUGUAUUAUAGAUCAGUAUUCAAGUUAUGUUAUCGAAGACAUUAGGAUGAAUGUCAACGGAAAGAUGACACAGGGUGAAAAUAUAGCUGAUAACGGAGGUCUCAAACAAGCUUAUAGAGCAUUUAAAAAAUGGGAGAAUAAAAAUGGUGUCGAACCCAGACUACCCGGUAUUAACCUAACCCACGACCAACUAUUCUUCUUAAAUUACGCACAGAUAUGGUGCGGAUCUAUGAGACCAGAGGACGCAUUGAGUAAAAUUAGAUCAUCAGUUCAUAGUCCCGGACCUAUUAGAGUAUUGGGUCCAUUGUCUAAUUCAUACGAUUUUGCCAACGCUUAUCAUUGCAAAGAAGGAUCGCGAAUGAAUCCAAUUAAGAAAUGCUCGGUUUGGUAG